AUGCCGCGCCGCGCUCCCACCGCGCAGGCGCCGCGCGAGGCACGCCGGGAGCGGGAGCCCCGGACUACAACUCCCAGGGUGCCCCGCGCGCCCCGCGCCCCCUGGCGGCCGCGGCGGCCCCGGCUGGACGGGGCGGGAGCGGAGCCGCGCGGGGCAGCGGGGGCGGCGCUGGGAGCGGGCGCUGCCCCGCGUCCCUCUCGGCCCCGAGCUCGGCACUGCCCGGUCCGCAAACAAACACCAUCUCCGGGGCUGGGCACUCGGCAGCCCGGCGUCCCCUCCUCUCCCGCCCCUGCUCGAGGAGCCCGGUCCCUGCGGGAGCCGGUGGGGACCCGAUCGCGCCGUUCCCCCAGGCGGGCGCCCCACGACCGCUGGGGAGUGACCGGAGGCGCGGGGGCUCCGCCGCCAUCGCCGCCUGCCUCGCCGGGACGCUCGCCGUGCUGGUGGGGCCGGGGCCGUGGCCGGGGGCGGGCGGCACUGCCUGGAGCGGCCGGCGGCCCCCCCCGCAGCUACGGCCACCUGGAAGGCGACGUGCGGUGGCGGCGGCUCUUUUCCGCCACCCGCUUCUUCCUGCGCAUCGACGGCGGCGGCCGCGUGGAGGGGACGCGCUGGAGGGAGCGGCCGGGCAGCAUCGUCGAGAUCCGGUCGGUGCGUGUCGGCGUCGUGGCCAUCAGGGCAGUGCACACCGGCUUCUACCUGGCCAUGAACAAGCAGGGGAGGCUCUACGGGUCGAAGGAGUUCAGCCCCAACUGCAAGUUCAUGGAGCGCAUUGAGGAGAACGGCUACAACACCUACGCCUCCCUGCGUUGGCGGCACCGCGGCCGCCCCAUGUUCCUCUCGCUCAACAGCCAGGGCCGGCCGUGGCGAGGGGGCAGGACGCGCCGGCAGCACCUCUCCACCCACUUCCUCCCCAUCCUCGUCAGCUGAGCCCCGCAGGCAGCUCUGGACCACCCUAAGAGGGAUGUGGGAGGCGGAUGCUCCCGGUGCAGCUGCGCUGGACACGAGUCUUCCCGCUUUUCUGCUGGGCAGAGCCAGCUUCACAUCCC